UAAUAACCACUAUGAAUAUGUUACAUGAUAAGAUAAAUGUUCAGUUAAGUAUGACACACCUUAUUUGCAGGCAAAAAGCCACUUAAACAUUACAGUAGCAAAACAAUGUUAUUUCUAGUUUAGUAACUAUGCCAAUCUGUAUUGCCUAUGUAUCGAAUGUCUUUUAACACUCUGAUUUAGAAGUGACUCACAACUGGAUGCCACUAGGUGACUUGAUCCUAAUCUUAUUGAAUUUAUAAUAAGUGGAAUCGCACACACGGGGCAUUUUCAUCACUGUGGCCCUCUCAGGAAGAAGUGCAGCAAUCAAACCGCCUCUCUCUGCUGGAAGCUCUUUUCCAUUCACUUGUAGGCAGGUACAGUCAUUUUCAGAAAAGCUGAGCUUUGCAUUCAGAGUGGCACAAAUGUAGAGUGUUUUGGAAAGGCUGAAUACAGAGAAUAAUUAUUGUAUUAUAUUUAACUUUUCAACAAAUCUACUAUAUAUAUAUAACCUUUAUCUAGAAGUCAUGACUCAAGCCAUUUCAUGUAUUAGCGAUCAUACGGAGUAUGACACUAGUAGAAAUAGACCAACCUAGAAGGGAAACAUAUGAGAGACAGAGAAGCCUGAUACAUUUUACAAAUCUUCAGCGACAAUGUUAAGUUUUCUUUGUUCCAACAUUUCUUGCUUUCUCGCUCUUGUAUUUUUUUUUUUCUUUAAAGGUUAUUUGUUUUUUGAGAAAGAGGUGGAGAAACCAACCUAGGAAAAGGGUGUUUUUGAUUUCUAAGUAGAGCAAUGAUCUGGGUAGAUAAGGUAUGCAGUGGGAGUUUAUAUGGUGACUGUUUCUGCUGUUAUGAGAUUAAAAUAGCUUAUUGCAAAACAUAUCUUCCUGCACAGAGGAUCUUCAGAAGCUGAAUAUAAUGGAACCACAAAGCAAUGUAAGCCAGGAGCAGCAUAUAAUGAAAAAAAGACUGUGCUUUAUCAGCAUCACUGUUUGUGCAGUUUGCUUAGCCUGCACCUCUGCCUCAUUCGCUCUGCUCUUCUUAUGUCGAAAGCACUCUUCUACAGAAAUGAUGGGAACUGCCAGUCAAAAAGGAGUUCCAGGUACGAAAUGUCCAGAGCCCGUGCAUCACUACGAGGCAGCUGCCACCGCUCAGCUUAAAUUGGCAAAGAAUGAACCAUUCUCCGCCAAUCAGACUGUCCUGUGGCAAGAAAAUGUUAAAUUAAAAAACAUGAAGUAUCAAAACGGCAGCCUAAUAAUUUUAACCAAAGGUCUUUAUUACAUAUAUUGUCAUCUGCACUUUAUGAUAGAAGAAUGUUUUGAAGAUUAUGAAGAUUUGCAGACAAUCCUGAAUGUGAAUAAUAAGCCAAGGCACCAAGCAUACCAUACAAUCAUCCAGCAAAGCAACUGUACAAUAAGAGUCUACAGAGACCAAUACCUGGGCCUGCAGGUAUACCUCAAUGCAUAUGACAAUGUCUCCAUUCAAACUAACCAUGUUAAAUGGCUAAAUAGAAACUACCUGCCAGACGACAGCUUAUUUGGUGCUUUCAAGUUAAAUGGCCAUUCUGCAGAAUAGACCACAAAUACAGAUUCACCUGAAUCAUUCUUUUUUAAAACUGGACAAAUUUCUUUUUCAACCCAAAAAAAAAAAAAAGAAGUUUGACCUGGAUGUACGACGAAUAAAUGCAGAUGGCUCCAAAAUGCAAAUAUACUCUCAGACUGAUAUUAAAACAGAAAUCCGUGUAACAAUGACUAUCCUAUAAGCAGGAAUAAAGACUUUCCAAGAGAAAAAUGUAAAAAAAAAAUGAACCAGUAUUUAUUCAAUUUCAAGAUGCCACUACAGCCACAGACUUUGGGCCAUAUUCUUUCCAAACAUAAAUCCUAUUUUGACUAAAUGAAUUAAGAUAUAUAUAUAUAU